GAUUUCGCGCUUUUUUCAUUAUACACACAUACCACAUACAUAUGUGUAUUUGUUUGUAACCGCAGCCGCUCGGAGCGGAUUUUCAAGAUUGUUUUCGAAAAAAAACUUUUCGGUUUUAACCUUUCGCCAAUCAAUAAAAUUACGUAGCUGGAUUGAAAUAUACAAAAUUUUAUAUUUAUUAUUCAAUCGGUGCGGCGCAAAGCUGGAUGGCAUGGAAGAGCGUGCCCGCUGUUAGCAAACACUUUGUUAAGCAUUAUUUUUUUUUAUACAAUCUUUUAUGUAUUGUGUAUUUAAAGUUUGAUUCUUAAUGAUUCUAAAUGAGUAUGUGGCGUGCUUAUUUAAUUUGUGACUUUUGAAAGUAGUCGUGCUUUGGCGAUUUAAAUGAAUUGAAGCGCGCUUUAAUAAACGGUCGGCAGCGAAGGUACAGUGUGUGUGAAAAAAUACGAUAUUGCUUUUGUUGUUGUUGUUGUUGGUGUGCAUAAGGAGUACAAGGAGCCUUACGAAAAUGGGCUGCGCAACAGGCACAAUAAAGUAUUCGCUAUUUUUGCUGAAUAUGCUAUGGGCGAUCCUGGGUAUCUUGGUGAUACUUUUAGGUGGCCUCGGUUGGGGUGCAAUGCCACAGAGUUAUGCCGUCGGCAUAAUUUGUUUGGGUGGUGUCAUUUUGCUUAUAUCCUUUUUCGGCUGCUUUGGCACAAUACGCGAAUCGACGCGGCUACUAUGGACGUAUGCUAUUUGUCUGCUUGUACUACUUGUCCUCAUUGUUGUUUUCAUUUGCCUGAGUUCGCGUGAUGUCUUCAAACGUUACGCUAUGGAGGGUGUAGAGGCGCAAUGGCGUAAGGAGUUGAUGCAGCCGGGCUCCAUGGACACCGUACAGAUGGUGUACGCCUGUUGUGGUCUCAACUCAGCUGAAGACUACAUACGCAUUGCGCGCGCACCACCGGCAAGCUGUUGCAACGAUGGCAACUGCAUCAAUCCUUUGAAUCUCCAUCUAACUGGUUGUCUGCCGAAAGUGGAGGAAGCUUUCGUUGAUGAGGCAAUCUUAACCACCUACUAUGAAUAUGGUCUAUUGGGCUUUGAUUUUCUUAUUCUGCUUUUGACCGUCAUACUGGCAAUUCACUACCAAAAUCGUAAACGAAGAUUUAGCUAUUAAGUUUUUUUUUUGGUAAUAUUUGAGAGGCUUUAAAACUUUUUUUAGUCGCGGCGUGUAAGCUUUCAAGUGUGCAGCUUUUAUUUUAUUAAUGGCAAACGAUUUUAUUAUUAUUAAAUAUUUUUAAUUUAUUGCAAUUAAAGUUUUAUAAAAAACACAAUCAACUUUAGUAACUAAGUUUCGUCGGCUUAAGUGCAUAUGUAGCUUUCAUUGAAUGCUGUUACGCAAUGUCACGUGUACCUCCAUGUAAAUCGAAUAAUUGUUUUAUUGUAAUUAGAUAUAUAUACAUAUAUACUUAUGUAUAUAUUCAAUUAUAUAUUAUAGUUAAUUCUAUAAAUGAAGUUAAAACGUAGAUAUAUUUAUUGAAAACUAACUUUAAUUUGCAUUAAGUAAAAGAAGAAGUGUAUUAUUGUAAAAAAGUGCAUGGACGUGGGAAUGACUUUGGUACUUACUUAAAACAAAAUAAAAGACAAAAGUU